AUGGAUUUGGAUAACAAUAAAUUUACUUUUGCCUCUAACGGCCCGAUCGGAUUUAAAUCUUUAAGGGCCGGGGAUACAAGUGAAAGGCAACCAUUGCAGGAUUUCGGUACUGAUCCCAUGCCAUCACCAGGAUGUACAGAUGUUUCAACUCAACCAAAGGAAAGGAAAGAAAUGGCCACUCAAACGAUUAGUGCACCUCACAGCAAAAAGUAUGCCACCUACGAUGACUCCAAGCUUGUCUCGUUCAUACGCAAGGUACAGCCCAUUAUGGAAGAGGAACUUUCUUACGGCAUUACCCCGGUGUUUGAUUUUAACGACAAUCUUUACGAAUCCUCCGACCGGUACCGGGUGUGUCGCCAUCAAGAGCUAAGCCUCCGCCAACUAGAUCCCGCACCAGGACCAAACAAGGAUGUACAGAAACCAUUUACUGCCGGGGCGGCCACAUGGCUAUCCGUGCUUACACGCGAUGCACCCCUGCUGGCACUUGCAUGCAGCGUAAACCACGAGGCCUGGUGCGAGCAUUUCACCUCGGUAGUGACCAUUUUCAGUCCACAGCGGAACCGCUACGGUGGUUCCGUGCAGUGGGCGGAAUUGUGCAGCAAUCCGGUAAAGGCGUGCAUCGAGUCACUCGAGACGAAUCCCUUCAACCGAGACAUGUUCGCCGGUGGUACCGUUUCGGGCGACGUGUACAUCUGGCAGUACGAUCACGGGGUACGCAACGAACGAAACUCCUGCGCCGAGCUGCACUCCGAAACGACCGACUGUGGAAAGGUUGUCGACAUGGCGUGGGCACGCUACAACGUGAUGUCAAAGUCGGACAGCGCACUGCUUACGGCGCACAGCGAGGGAACCGUGAUCCUGUGGCGUGUAGGGAAAACGGUUGUGAAGGACAAAAUUUUUAAACUCUCCAUCCCAUCCGCAUCCGGGGAAAGGGCAACGAUUUUAACGCAAAUAUUAGCCACCUCUAAUACGGAGUUUGUGGCCGGUUGUGCGGACGGUUCGUUACUGCUGUGCUCUACCACGCAGUUGAUUCCCCUCGGAAUGGCCGUCGGCAACACGGCGAGCGGGUCCGAUCGAUUCGUGACACCACCAACGGGUGGAAGUGGAUCGACCUCGGGAAGCACAUCUGCCGGAAAGGCGAACCACUUUUCACCGGGGACCAUUGAGCUCAAGAGCCACUCGUUCGCCGUGACCAGCCUACAGAAGGUUGACCGAAAUCGUCGCCAGGAAUUGCUCAUCAGCUGUGACCUCACAGGCGAGGUCUUUUUCCACGACAUUACCGACACUAUUAACUCUUCCCCGACGUUGAUCAUUAAAAUGCCUCUUCCGUUUAAAACUCGCAUCGUUUGCUCGAACGAUACGGAGUUUAUAUUUUCUCCCACCGGCAGUGGCCUGCUGGAACUGUAUCGCAUCGGCACCGGUAAGGUAGAUACCGUGGAACCUUCGUUGCCCUUGAAAGGAACACCAAACCUCAUCAAAAUGACCGCCAACGGAAAAUGGUUAAUCACUGGAACAUACAACGGAACAUUCAUCAUUUAUUCGGUGACAACGGAUUAUUGA